GUGCCAUGUUUAGACCAGACACCACACACGCGCACAGUUGUUACUGAAAUGAAGUGAAUGUAAAUAUUGAGCAGCGUUAUAUCGUAACAUAUAGCAGAAACGCGUCGCUGUAAGUAUCCGUAUCCUUCAGAUGAGUUAGUGCACCCUGCUCCUCGUCAACACAUUCGACUGUUCUACGAGUUCAAAACUAGACACAAGUCUCGCUGACAUACCGGUGACGUUCCGCUGUAUUCGGAUAGCUUCAGCUACAGACGUCGGUAAGACUCAGGGACGUUAGCAGCAGCUAUGUGCCAGGUGGAUGAAGACUACCAGGAGCAGCUGCAGCAGGCCGAGGUACCCAGUGUUUCUAAGAAAUGUGUGAAAUGCAAAGAGGCACCUGCAGCUGUGGUCAUCAGAGCAGGAGAUACGUUCUGCAGGGGCUGUUUCAAGGAAUACUUCAUUCAUAAGUUCAGAGCCAUGCUGGGCAAAAACAGGGUGAUUUUCCCUGGAGAGAAGGUGCUGCUGGCUGUAUCUGGAGGUCCUUCUUCCUGCUCAAUGCUCAGUCAAGUCCAAGAGGGUUUGAGCCAGAAUGCUCACAAGAAGUUGAGAUUCUCGCCCGGCAUUGUCUUCGUUGAUGAGGGGGGUGCUGUGGGUCAGUCUGUGGAGGAGAGACAGAGGACGCUGGCUGAGCUGCAGGCUGUGUUCAAGGCUACAGGUUUCCCCUUCCACAUGGUGCCUCUGGAACAGGUUCUGGAACUUCCCAGUUCAGUGUUGGUGACUGCCCCGGCACUCUCAGAGCGACCAGCCGGUGCCUACAAAGCAGCCGUUGAUCGUUUCAUUCAGAGCGACAGCAGCAGCAGUGUGCCACCACGGCAACAGGAGGAAACCUCACUACCUCAUGUUCAGGAGUCCCACAGACAGUUACUGCAGCAGCUGAUUGGCUCUGCUAAGACACAGACCGCCAGAGAAGACCUGCUAAACACAUUAAGGCAGCAUCUGCUGGUGCACACAGCUCGGACUGAAGGCUACAGUAAACUGAUGCUGGGAGACAACUGCACCAGACUGGCUGUAAAACUGCUCACCAGUAUAUCACUGGGCAGAGGAGCACAGCUGGCUCAGGACACGGGCUUCUCAGACUCCAGAUAUGGUGACACAAUAUUAGUGAGGCCAAUGAGGGACUACUCAGCUAAAGAGAUAGCCUACUACAACCGCAUGUUCAGCGUGCCCUCUGUUUUCCUACCAAGCCUGGACACAAAGACAACAGACAAGUCCAGCAUCCAGCGUCUGACCGAGAGCUUUGUCACCAAGCUGCAGGCGGACUUCCCCUCUACAGUCAGCACCAUCUACAGGACCAGUGAGAAGCUACAGACAGCAUGUAGGAGCUCCUCCGCAGCUGACCACUGGGACAGAUGUCUGCUCUGCAUGUGCGCCCUGGACACUGCUGUUGAGAAGGCUUCAGCCUUCAAGGCCACACUGAUCUCAGAGCAGCUCUCCCAGACUAAAUCUCCAGGAGCUAGCAGUGCUGAGCUCCAAAGACAAAACCCAGCUCCAGUGGAACUAGAAUCAGCUGCUCCCUCGGGAGAUUGCUGCUCCUCUGGUGGAGAGAAUUGUGUAAAAGCAGCAAGUGGUGGAGGCUGCUGUUCAUCUGCCAAGGUACCAGAGACGAGCGAUCUGAAGACUCUGUUGUGUUACAGCUGUAAGCUGACCAUCAAAGACAUGUCGUCAGUGGAGCGUCUCCCGCAGUACAUCCUGUCAGAGGCUCAUAGGAGGCAGAGGAGGUCUCAGAUGAGAGAGGAGAUCAGUGACUUCCUGCUGGAUGAUGAAGAUGAUGGUGACCAAGGCGAUUAGAGGGGAAGUUAAGCUGAUUGUUCACCUCCAGCAGUCCACUCUGAAAAAAUGGACAACACAAAAUGUACAACCUGCAGGGAGUGGAGGAUUUUGAAAUAUACAGACAAAUACAGUAGAUUAUAAAUUUUGUACAAAAGCAGUCAUAAUCUAAAUCCUGUGUGGUCUGCAUUUUCUUCUAACAUGGCAUAAUUCAUAUGUACACUCACACACACAUGGUGGACUCAAAACACCCAGCACGUGGACCAAGCGCUCGUUGUUAGAGUUAACAUCUCAGAAUCUGAACAUAAUAAAGGAUCUAUUUUUAUGGCUUUCUGUGCA